CUCCCGGCUCCCCCCGUCUGAGCUCUCGAUCGUCGGAUCCUAACCUCACAUCCGACGUCAAUAAAGUCGAUAUUUAUUUGAAAUAUGCUGAAAGUAUUGCGAGCUGCUGCUCGCUUGGGAGCAGCUCGGGUAGCGAAGUCCGAGGGACUCAGGGAAUACAGCAAGCAGACAACGCGGAUUAACUAUCCGAAGAGGAUAGUCUCUGGAAUUCAGCCCACGGGAAGCGUGCAUGUGGGCAAUUACUUCGGCGCCAUUCGGAGAUGGGUGGAGCUGCAGGAUUCCGGCGAAGCCGUUCUGUGCACCAUAGCGGAUUUGCAUUCCAUUACCUUGCCGCAAAACCCCAAGGAAUUGAGGCAGAACGUUCUGCUGAUGACGGCGACACUGAUAGCAUGUGGCGUGGACUUCAAGAAAAGUAUCUUGUUCCAACAGUCCGACGUACUGACGCACCUGGGACUGUAUUGGAUCUUAGUUAACAUCACGACCAUGGCGAGGCUGGCGCACCUACCGCAAUUCAAGGAAAAGAGCGAGUUCUUAAAGAAUGUACCCGCAGGCUUGUAUAACUAUCCUGUUCUGCAGGCAGCUGAUAUAUUAUUGUACAAAGCAACGCACGUUCCGGUCGGACAGGACCAAGUUCAGCAUAUUCAACUGGCACAAGAUUUAGCGUAUAUAUUUAACAGACAGUACGGACAGACCUUCCCGAUACCGCAUACUCUUAUUAGUAAUGGUCCGAGCCAGAGAAUCAAGUCUCUACGUGAGCCCAUGAAGAAAAUGUCAAAAUCACACGCAGAUCCCAAGACCAGGUUGAACAUCUUGGAUGAGCCCGACGUGCUGUUGGAGAAAGUGAAAAAGGCUGUGACUGACUUCACGUCCGAAGUGACUUACGAGCCAGAUGAACGACCAGGCGUGAGCAAUUUGAUUAAUAUACACUCUCUGUUCACCGGGAAGACUCCGGAGGAAAUAUGUAAGGAGGCCGUAGGAUUAAAUACAGGACAGUACAAAUUGGUAUUAGCCGACGUAGUGAUAGAAAAAUUGUCUCCAAUUCGCAAGGACAUAUUGAGAUUAACCGGAGAACCCGCCUAUUUAGACGAGAUUUUGAAGGAGGGUGCGGAAAGGGCGACGGAACUUGCGACAAACUGUUGGACGGAAGUUAAAGGAAAGGUUUUCGGUAACGAUCUACAGGACGUGAAGAACGUAACGAACGUUGCAAAAGUUUUGUAGAAUACAAUUCAUUACUGUUACUGAACUACGAUAUUUGUAAAAAAAUAUAUUAAUUUAUACAUUAA